UCACAAUAAAGACCUUUGCCAAACACUACCUAAACCCUGUUUCUUUCUUUUGUAUUGUUUUCUCCACACAAACCCCACACCCACGCGCGCACACGCACACACACAUACACACACUAAUGAAACUACAAUGAUUCUAUCUAUUCCUUCUUCCACGAAGCUCUGCACCUGCUCAACUGCACCUAGGGUUUCAGCUCCACAUUCUAUUCCCAGAGUAUCCUACUCCGUGAAAUCUGGAUACGCCGGCGCUCGGAGGCGGAGUCGCACUUUCAGUCCCCUUUUCUGCUCCUCGAAUAUGUGGGGAGUGGCGGAGAUGCUCGACGAUAAGAAGAGUUCCUCGAGUAGCGUCGCCGCUGCCGCGGCGGUGGUUGCCUCCAAUUCCGCCUCGAAUCAGCACGACUUAUCGCCGCCUCGAACAUUCCUUGAUGCGCGCACUGAGCAAGACCUGCUUUUGGUUAUACGGAAAGAAGUUGAAGCUGGAAGAUUGCCAGUAAAUGUAGCUCAGGGAAUGGAGGAGUUGUAUCACAAUUACCGAAAUGCAGUUCUCCGAAGUGGACAUCCCAAAGCCGAUGAGAUUGUUUUGUCUAAUAUGGCUGAUGUAUUAGACCGUGUUUUCUUGGAUGUGCUGGACCCGUUUCAAUUCUCACCAUAUCACAAGGCCAUUCGAGAACCUUUUGACUAUUACAUGUUCGGUCAGAAGUAUAUCCGUCCUUUGCUGGAUUUCAGAAAUUCAUUUGUUGGCAAUAUCUCCGUGUUCAAUGAAAUCGAGAAGAAGCUUGAGCAGGGUGAGAAUGUAAUUUUGAUAUCCAACCACCAAACAGAAGCAGAUCCAGCUGUUAUUGCUUUGUUGCUUGAAUCCACUAAUCCAUUUAUUGCCGAGAAUUUGAUCUAUGUGGCAGGAGACAGGGUGAUUACAGAUCCUCUUUGCAAACCAUUUAGUAUGGGCAGGAAUCUCUUAUGUGUCUACUCAAAGAAACACAUGAGCGAUGAUCCUGAUCUCCUAGAUAUGAAGAAAAGAGCAAACACAAAAAGUUUGAAAGAAAUGUCGCUGCUUUUGAGGGGUGGAUCAAAAAUUAUUUGGAUUGCCCCAAGUGGUGGAAGGGACCGCCCAGAUCUUGCUACAAACGAAUGGUAUCCAGCGCCGUUUGAUGCAUCCUCAGUGGACAACAUGAGAAGGCUUGUGGAACAUGCUGGGAUUCCUGGACAUAUAUACCCCUUGGCAAUGAUGUGCCAUGAAAUUAUGCCCCCUCCAGCCCAGGUUGAGAAAGACAUUGGGGAGAAAAGAGUAAUUUCCUUUCACGGAGUUGGAUUAUCAGCCGCACCCAGUAUCAAUUAUCACGAAAUUGCUUCAGAUUUGAAAGAUCCUGAGAAGGCAAAAAUUGCAUACACAGAGUCAGUAUAUUCAUCUGUAUGUGAGCAGUACAAUGUGCUAAAAUCAGCAAUACAAGGCAAACAAGGUCUGGAGGCAUCAACUCCUAGCAUCUCAUUGUCGCAACCAUCGCAAUAGUUGCAUUCGAUUCUUUCUGCUUUAUCACAGGCGAAAAAAUCUCUUCUUUUGUGGUGAAACGAUAGAACCCGCUUCAAUUACUAAUUUUGGUCCUCAACAAGCAGUCUUUUUUUUUUUUUUUUUAAUUUAAUUUUUAUUAUUUUUCUUCCCCCUAUUCUCAUUUGGAUAAAAAGAAAAAAAAAAAGCAUAGAGAUGAGAUAUUAUUGGAGUUUCACACCAUUUGAACAUUGUAUAGUACUUAUAAUUCUUGUAAUAGGUUAUACUAUAAUAUUUUAAUCAAUUACGUGUAUAUUGGCAAAUAGGUUUAGAGCGUUUGACAUUGAUGCAUGAAGACUGAAUUAAUUGCUUCUGAGUUUAAUUGACAUUAUUUUCAUGAUAAAGUUGUUU